CACUCGACGCAGUUCUCUUGACUCUUCAUCAGCAUUCAGCAUCGGCAGUCAAUCGCGGACCUUUGAGAAGUGCGGUUGCCUGCUGAUAAGUGACCGGUAUGCUCGGGCGACCGAUAAUUCGGAAAAUCUAUGUGAAAAACUAAGUAUUUUUGGGAUUCAUCUAUUAUUCUUUCCUGUAUAUUGUCUCUAAUUAAUGGUUUUGUGGUGCAGAUAACAUUUGAGUAAUCAAGUUACAGUGUCGAAGAUGACGUCUUCGAGGACCGUUACCAAAACCAAAGUCGCCAAAUCCCGUUCUAAAAUGGCCAAAGAUCCCAUGGCAGUCACAUGGACUGAAAAUUAUAGCGACACAAUAGAAAAAUAUUGGAAGCGUCUCCCGAAAAGCGUGGCAAAUAUUAUUGUGUUCCUCUCGGUCUUCAUCCUUGGAGCGACAGUUAGAGGAGAGUGGCUGCACAUCGCUGCUCACUUCUUCAGGGCCUUCUUCGGCGCCGGCGUCAGCAGCGCUGGCACCCCUGACGCCCCCUUUAACAGCUCGGGCCCCGGGGGCCUGCCCCUGUAUACCAACCGCCUGCAAAACUGGCCCUACUAUUUCGUGGUCUCCGUCAUAGUUUCCUACACGUUCUUCUUCGGGAUAGGAGGCUUCUUGCACUGGUAUUACUACGUGAACAGACGUGACCGCGCGCACGAGUGGAAGUGUCAGCCGGACAACUGGCUGAGUCCUGAGCUAGAGAGACAUGAGAUCCUACUGGGUUCCUUCUCGCUGUUUAUUGGUGCGACGAUAUCCUCGCUGGUGUCCUGCUACGUCAUGAACGGCGGCGAGACCUGCAUCUACUACAACAUCGACGAGUAUGGCUGGACCUGGUACUUUAUCUCGUGGCCAUUCACUUUCAUAUGGCAGGACUACCUGACGUACUGGCACCACCGCAUGUACCAUCACCCGCUGCUGUACCGCCACUUCCACAAGCUCCACCACAAGUACAAGCAGCCAACCGCCUUCAGCGUCACCGCCAUCCACCCCUUCGAGUUCGUACACAUGCAGGGUGUCAUGGUCAGCCCUAUGUUCCUCUUCCCCGUGCACUGGACGACGUUCGUGACGCUGCUGAUGUACCUUUACUACCACGGCAUCAUCGACCACUCGGGCAUCAACUUCAAGGCAUAUUGGUGGCAGCCGUGGCAGCCAGACUGCAUCUUCCACGAUAACCACCACCAAUACUUCCACGUCAACUUCGGCUUCAACUGCGAGCUCUGGGACAAGAUUCACGGAACGUACAGACAGAAGGACAAGAUAUACAACGAAGAGAUAUUCUUCGGACAAGGGAAGGACAUCGCGGACUGCGACGAGGCUGAACUGGUCGUGGACUUGGCGGAGCGGCGCUCAGAGAACAAGCUCGCCUACCGCGGCACCGUACAGGAGGAACAGGUUCAGGUUCUGGCGAAGAAACUUAAUAAGAAAAAGUGAUGUCUCGAGGUCCCAAUAGCACCGAUAUAUAAUUAAUCGAGGUCCCAAUAGCAUCAAUAUAUAAUUAAAUUAAAAGAUUUCCUACGAAGAAACUUAAUAAGAAGAAGUGAUGUCUUGAGGUCCCAAUAGCACCAAUAUAUAAUUAAUCGAGGUCCCAAUAGCAUCAAUAUAUAAUUAAAUUAAAAGAUUUCCUACGAAGAAACUUGAUAAGAAGAAGUGAUGUCUCGAGGUCCCAAUAGCACCGAUAUAUAAUUGAAUUAAAAGAUUUCCUAUUUUGCUUCUCUGUUCAGUUAGAGUUUAACUUAUUCUAACAUCGAACCCUAAGUUACGCAAGUCAAGAUGAGAGAGCUUUCAGCCGCUUAUUAUUACAUGGUCUCAGUACAUGCAAAAAGAGAAUUGUAAAUUCUUGAAUAUAAGGCAACAUGUGUAUUAUUUUCAAAAUACAUACCUUCUUUUCUUAUAGAAGCUCUUUAAAUUCAAGUGCAAGUAUUAAUUAAUUACGUUAACCAGAAUAAUUAAAUACACAUGGAAGUCAGUAUACUUAUUGCAAACAUGUAUGCCCGACGCUCUUUCAUUAGACGAUAAUUUUCUUACCAAGCAAAUCAGUCGGCUAGUUUUUGUGAAGAAACAGUCGUCUCUCGAUGUCAAAACGAUAUUCAGCAUUGGUUUAAUGAGAUUUGAUUAAACUGAAUUCUGUAUAUUGUUGUUUUGAGCGACAAUUCAUUAAUUGCCUUAAUAUAACAUGCAAUAACAUGUGGAUUAAAAGAAUAUAAAA